CCGCAGAAACUCGCCUUGUACUCGAAGAUGCAGGAGGCCGCCGCCGAGAGCGCCAGCAGCGCCAGCAGCAGCUCCUUCUCCAGCCACGCCGCGCCGGCCAGCAUCAAGGAGGAGGAGUGCAGCCCGGAGAAGGAGCGCCCCCCGGAGGCCGAGUACAUCAACGCCCGCUGCGUCCUCUUCACCUACUUCCAAGGGGACAUCAGCGCCGUGGUGGACGAGCACUUCAGCCGGGCCCUCAGCCAGCCCAGCAGCUACUCGCCCGGCAGCGCCAGCGCCAGCGCCAAGGCGGCCAGGAGCUCCAGCUCGUGGAGGGAUGGAUCAUUCCCUAUGAGUCAACGUAGUUUCCCACCCUCCUUCUGGAACAGCACCUACCAGCCUUCCUCGGUGCCUGCAUCCCUGGGAAGCCCACUGGCAGCCACUGGCCACACUGAACUGCCCUUUGCCACAGCGGACCCUUAUUCACCAGGUUCAUUGCACAGCCAUCUCCACCAGGGUGGUCCAGAGCCCUGGCACCCUGCCCACCACCACCAUCACCACCACCACCAUCACCCAUACAUCGGCUCACAGGGCUCCUCCUAUCCCCGCCCCACCACUGUGCACGAGGUCUACAGUCCACACUUCGACCCGCGUUAUGGCUCACUGUUGGUGCCUGCGGCUUCUGUGCGCCCCCAUCGCCUCACGCCUGCUUCCGUGCCCACGCCUGUCAGCCCCCAGUGUGAGCUGGGCAAGAGUGAGCCUGCUACUUCAGCAUGGACAACACCGGCACCUUUCCCCAGCCCAGCAGGGGAGAUGGCACAGAGCCUAGGCCUCAAUGUGGAUGCAGCUCGCCGGUAUUCCUUCUGUGGUGGAUCCCUCCUGAGCUGAGCUGCUGAUUCUAAAGCUCCUCCCACCAAGUCCUGUCUUCCCAACCCUGCACCAUUCAGGAUCUCAUGUCACAUUUCAAGGACAAGAACAUGGGAAAGGCCAUGGGGGCUAAAAGCUGCUUCGACUUGACAUUUCAGCAACAGAACCUUACUCUGGGGGUGAGGAAUAGGACAGGCUCUCUUUUCUCUUCACUGUGAAAAGCAAAGCACCAUGGCUACACAUCCAGAAUCGUGGCUAAGCCACUUGAAGGAGUUGGGAAACUGACGUGGAUGUCAAAUUACUGACUUUGGGAAACAAAAAGUGUUUGUUACUGGUGAUGACAGUGUGAACUGUUCUUUUUUUAUUGACAUUUUUAAAAAUAAAAAACAACUUCUUGAAAGCAGCAUGAGAAGAUAUGCACAUACUAGGAAUUAUAUUUUUGUCCUUUACACUGUAUAAACAAAGGGGAAAUUCUAAACUCUGAAGCACGUGUGACAUUAACAACAACAGAAAAAGAAAAAGGGGCAGCUCUUCAGGCCACAGUGAUGAGUGGCAAGCGACUAGCAUGAGCCAUCUGCCUCUGGGCUUGAAUAAAUGCAGCUGUUCUAUAGACAACUGUUUGAACUUCAGAAACUUGACAACCAAGGAGGCACUUCUCAGAAUCUGGCACAAUAAUUGUAUUUGAUAAU